AUGUUACGUAACACUUUUACUAGAGCUGGUGGACUAUCACGUAUUACAUCCGUAAGAUUCGCUCAAACACAUGCUCUUUCCAACGCUGCUGUAAUGGAUCUGCAAUCCAGAUGGGAGAACAUGCCCUCCACUGAGCAGCAGGAUAUUGUCAGUAAGUUGAGUGAACGUCAAAAAUUACCAUGGGCACAGCUUACUGAGCCUGAAAAGCAAGCUGUGUGGUACAUUUCUUACGGAGAAUGGGGCCCAAGAAGACCUGUAUUGAAUAAGGGUGAUUCCAGUUUUAUUGCCAAAGGUGUUGCUGCAGGCCUACUAUUUUCAGUGGGACUUUUUGCUGUCGUCAGGAUGGCGGGUGGCCAAGACGCAAAGACCAUGAAUAAGGAGUGGCAGCUAAAGAGUGACGAAUAUUUGAAGUCGAAGAAUGCUAAUCCUUGGGGUGGUUAUUCUCAGGUCCAAUCUAAAUGA